AUGGAAGCAGCCGACAACGACGACAUCUCCGACUCGGGCUACGCCGAGUCCCUCAGCUCCAACGACAAUAACAACGAUGCCAACACCAGCUACGUGACGUCGAUCGCGUCCAGCAUCCGGCGCGGCGUCAUCGAGUACGGCCGCGUCUACGCCGCGCACGGCCAGCACUUCUACGGCCUGCCCGUCGACGACGAGGAGCAGGAGCGCAACGAACUGCAACACUCCAAGUUUCUGCUGCUGUACGAUGGCCUCUUCCACCUCGCGCCCAUGUGGACGGCGCAGCCGCAGAAGAUCCUGGAUUUAGGCACGGGCAGGGGCUCGUGGGCCAUGGAUAUGGCGGAUCAGUACGCCAGCGCCAAGGUGUUGGGUUUGGACAUCGCGCCCGUGCAGCAUAUGUGGGUUCCGGGGAAUUGCGAGUUUGAGAUCCUGGAUAUCGAGAGCGAGUGGUUGUUGGGGGAUGGGACGUGGGAUUUCAUCCACGGCCGGGAAUUGCUGUACUGUAUCCGUGACUGGCCGCGGUUGAUUGCGCAGGCGUAUGCGCACCUGCGGCCCGGGGCGUAUUUGGAGGUGUCGGGCACGCUACCGACGCUGGGGUGCGAUGAUGGGAGCUGGGAGCGGGAGGGGUCGGCGUAUCAGGAGUUGAGUGAGGUGUUUUUCGAUAUUGGUGAUGCGUUGGGCACGGAUGGCUGGGCGCCCGAGAAGUGGAGGGCGCAAUUGGAGGAGGCGGGCUUUGAGGAUGUGCAGGAGCGCGUGUUCAAGAUGCCGACCAAACCGUGGGCGAAAGACCAAAGGUUGAAGGAGCUUGGGUUGCUGGAAAGGGUGAAUUUUAUGGAGUAUCUCAACUCCGGCAUGGAGAGGGGGUAUGUGGGUUUGUUGGGAAGGGAUCCCGCUCAAUUACAGGUUUUGCUGGCGCAGGCGAGGAAGGAGAGGCAGGAUGGGAGCGUGCAUACCUAUGUGCACUUGUGA